AAUAUGACGCACAACAAGUUAGUAAUGGUCAAUCAGAAACUCCAAAUUUUGGUACAGUAGUUAAAGGCAGGCCUCCAUCUUCGACCCAUGAUCAACUUGGUUUACUAACUUACGUCACAAAUUAUACUGGACUUCAAUUAUUCAUUGAUCCUUCAUCUUCAAAUUUAUCGUCAAAUUUAUCGUAUUAUACCGAUCUUUCGUGUUGGCAAGAACCGAAACUUAGAUGUAAAAAAAAACAAGAUCCAAUAUUUCAAACUAAGGACUUGUUAUGUUUGAGUGUGGUCAAUCCACAUGAUAAAGAAAUAAAAUUUAGUCUAUCGGUUAGUUUUACUUCUGGUGUUGAUGCGCCUUCUGUCACUCCUAUAAGUCAGGGAUAUAGCGUUGUUCCAACUGUGAAUAAUGCGAAACCAAUGGCUACGCAUAGCGGAUCACCAAAUUUUAUUGCCAGUGGUAGCGAUGUUGGUGGAGGAGGAACGG